AUGGGAUCCUCUUGCAUUCGAACUUCAAACAAUGAUACUUAAUCUCUGCUUUCAAAUUAAUGCGAUUUCAAUAAUGGAUUUCAGCAAGAUGUUUAUUUGGUUCAUCCAAAAAAGGUUUUAGAUACUAUUAGCUCCGUUUCUUCCUAUUCUAGUAUGAAUUCUCUGCAAUCCAACUCGAGUCCUGUCUACCCGAGCUAUUCAGGAGUUUCCCUAGACUAAAUUAAAUAAAAGAACGUUGAAAAUACGACAGAAUAUAAUAAAAAAAGAAUUCAAUCCAAACAGUUUCUAUUACCGAAUCAAAGUUAUCUCUAAAAUUCAAAAUCUAACCAAUCUGAUUUGUCCAUCGAAUUACAGGAAAAUCAAACUAUAUCUCUUGCAAUACCCAACAAAGGAUAGAUAUAUUUUAAACUCAACUUCUCCAGUUAAAGAAGAGUAUAUUCCAAAAAAGAUUUGCUUAAAAGAGCAAAAAAAUAAAGAAAGUCAGAAGUAGUGAACACAAUAAUUAAUUGA